CUCGCUCGGCCGCCGCCUUCUCUCUCUCGCCCCCCUCUCUCCUGUCCUCUCUCUCUCUCUCUCUCUCUCUCUCUCGCUCGGCCCCCUUCUUUCCAAGCGCCGACGACGACAGGGGAGCGGCGCCUCGUCGGGCGCUUCGCCGAGCCGACAAGUUGAGCAGUUCAAGCAGGCUCAUGGCUACAUCAGAGCCAGUACAAGAAAGUUUGAUGCUGGACUACCCACAACCUAGUAAGCCUCGGGUUCUUCUUGCUGCUUCAGGAAGUGUAGCUGCUAUAAAAUUUGAGAGCCUAUGUCGUAGUUUCUCUGAGUGGGCGGAUGUCCGAGCUGUGGCCACCAAAUCAUCCUUGCACUUUGUUGAUAGAUCAUCUCUACCUAGUGGCAUUGCCCUUUACACUGAUGAUGAUGAAUGGUCUACCUGGAAGAAGAUAGGAGAUGAAGUUUUACACAUCGAGUUGCGGAAAUGGGCUGAUAUUUUGGUGAUUGCACCAUUAUCAGCAAAUACCCUGGCUAAGAUUGCUGGUGGCCUAUGUGACAACCUCUUGACAUGCAUUGUGAGAGCAUGGGACUACAGCAAACCACUCUUUGUUGCCCCAGCUAUGAACACAUUAAUGUGGAACAACCCAUUCACAGAGCGUCAUCUUCAGACGAUCAACCAACUGGGCAUAAUCUUGAUCCCCCCAGUUACCAAAAGGUUGGCUUGCGGUGAUUACGGAAAUGGUGCGAUGGCUGAAACCUCACAGAUCUAUACUUCCGUGAGGCUUGCAUGCAAAACGCAACCCCAUGGUUCAAGCAGAUCACUUGUGAUUCCUGUCAGUAACCAUCUAGCUGAUUCAGCUAUCAACCUCACCAACUGUUAAGCUUAGGGAUUUGUUUCCUCUGCAAUGUGCAUCUGGAUGUUAGAAGUGAAGAGCAGUAGAUAUUUAAUCAGCAGUGUUUGUACCAACCAGAGUUGUAGUGUUGUACCUUUGGAUCAAUGUACUUGUUAUCUGGGCAUCUGGUAGAUUGUUCAGACUGGGUAAAAGCUGUUGUUACAGCCACAGCUUCCUCCCUAUCCAGUAAUGGUAGCGAUGAUGAGUCUGUUCAGUUUGUGUUGUUUGUAAAAUUACUCCUAUGCAGUUGUAUCAAAUGCUGCAGCAAACUUUUGUAUCAUCUUUGAUAUUCCUGCUGCAGGCACUGGAAAUUUGGAAUGAUUGUCUGACCA